AGGAGCAAUAAACGUUUUUCUUUUGGAAUUUCUAUAUUUCAGGGUUCUUUAUUAUCAUCUCAGCAUUCUGAAACUCUGAAAGGGUAGACAAAGAAGAACAGACAAAAGGACAAAUGAAGAUGGGAAUCCUCUUUGCCCUGGCAUGGGCCUUGUUCCUCAUUCCCGUCAGGCAGGCCCAGGAGCUAAAGCCCAACGUCACAGAGCUGACCACCGAAAACAUAGACUUUGCUAUGAACCUGUACCGCAGGAUCUCCAGCCACCACGACAACAACAUCUUCUUCUCGCCCCUGUGCAUGUCCACCUCCCUCGCCAUGCUCUCCACAGGCGCCCGGGGGACCACGCGCGCAGAGAUCAUACGGGGGCUCAACCUGGCCCGCCUGGAGCGGGACGGCCAGCCGGAGCUCAUCCCCGAGCUCUUCCAGCAGCUGCGCGAGAACUACACCCAGGGCGGGGAGCUGCAGCUCAACCAGGCCACUGGCCUCUUCGUCCACCGCACGUUCCAGGUGGAGAAGACCUUCAGCGAGCAGGCCAAGACGUUCUUCAAGGCAGAAGCGUUCAACGUGGACUUCACCAACCAGCAGGCCAGCAAGACCACCAUCAACGAGUAUAUUAAGAGCAGGACAGGAGACAAGGUAACGGAGGUGGUCAGCGACAUCGACCCCAUGACUCAGCUGAUGCUCAUCAACACAAUCUUCUUUCAAGGAAAAUGGGAGCUCCCCUUCAACCCCAGUAACACAGAGGAUGAUCGUUUCUACGUGGACAAAUACAAUAUUGUCCAGGUGCCAAUGAUGUUCCGAGAGGAUAAGUACUACCAGGGCAGUGACGACUUUCUGAAUGCGAGGGUUCUACGGCUUCCAUACCAUGGGGAUGCGGCUAUGCUCAUCCUUCUGCCCAACAAAGACGUGGACUACACCACCAUUGAUGAUGAGAUCAAUGCAAAGCGCUUCCUUGGUUGGGUCAAUCAGCUGAAACUCACCAAACUGGAGGUGCAGAUGCCCAAGUUUAAGAUGGAACAGUCCUACCCCAUGCACAAGAUCCUCCCACACUUGGGCAUUGCCAGGGUCUUCAAUAACAUGGCUAAUCUCUCCGGCCUGAGCACAGAGCAAGACCUGAAGGUGUCUGAGGUGCUGCACAAAGCCGUGAUCGAGGUGGACGAGAAGGGCACCACGGCCGCCGCAGCCACGGUAACGGGCAUCACCGGGUACUCGCUGCCCACCAGGUUCAUCAUCAACCGACCCUUCUUCUUCUUCAUCUACCAGGAGACCACCAACAGCCUCCUGUUCAUGGGGAGGGUCAUCGACCCCACCAAGAUGUAGCUGCACUUCCUCUCUGCGACAGAACAAGUUCCUGUGGAAAAUCCCCAUUCGCCCAUAGCCCCAUCUGCGCACACUGCCUGCUUUUGCAUGAGUUACUACUGGACAAAAGCCCACCUGCAAUCUUGCUUGAUUUACAAAAACAUGUGUUUAAACCAUGUGUUUUACCAGCUCACUGUCAAAGAAAUGCAAAGAGAUCACUAUAGUAAGGGUUACACUAAGAAAACCUUCAGAUUCAUUAAAAGGGCAUUCAAAGUCAAGGGCUGUAAAAAAGGAGUAUGUUUAAUCAAUGUCCAUUAAAACAUGACAAAUAUUCAACACAGGUCUCACUAAUAAGAUGCUCAAUGUUGGCAAGAGAUACUCAGGUGCUGACACACCAGGCACAUUUUUAUUGAUGGGGUCAGAGAGUUCAGGGGGAGGUGAAAUUUUCAACCAGAAUGUUCAUAAAAAAUAUCUACUACAUCUUCAGUGAGCUGCAAAUCAAAACAAGAAAAAAAACAAUUGAAAAUUUGCAACACAUGCUAUAUUACAAAAAA